AUAGGCCUGUGUAACUACAACAUGAAAGGUUUAAGUCAAGUAAUGAAAAUGGCUUUAAUGCAUCAGUCUAUACAGUCAAAGACAUCCCUGAUACAGUGCAGAGCAUAUGAAAAUGGCUUUAAUGCAUCAGUCUAUACAGUCAAAGACAUCCCUGAUACAGUGCAGAGCAUAUGAAAAUGGCUUUAAUGCAUAAGUCUAUACAGUCAAAGACAUCCCUGAUACAGUACAGAGCAUAUGAAAAUGGCUUUAAUGCAUCAGUCUAUACAGUCAAAGACAUCCCUGAUACAGUGCAGAGCAUAUGAAAAAGCAAGAAAGGAAAGGACGUCAUGUGUGAUCCCCCAACAAUUGUAAAGGGCAAUAUCAAACAGUCGAUUGGGAAGGCUAAUGUAUUGAACAUUGACUCCCAUAUAUACACCGAAGCGAGAGAAGAAGAAAAAAUGUAUAUACAUUGUGCAUCAGUGAGCAACCAGCAGUCUGUCUAUGUAUCAGUCUGUCUAGGUUCCCAAAAAAAAACGCAUCCUUAUGCGCAAAAUAUGCGCAGCUGUGAGAGCGCAAAAAAUAACUAGUUCGGGGACACAGACCCCCAGACAAAAAAAGUUCACAUGCUGGGCUGGACAGCACAGCACACCGAGGACCAAGAUAGCUAUAACGUUACGAGGGUUGGGCGUAGUCCAAAGAAACCUAAAAUUGGGCUUCAUUACAUCUUGAGGAGAAGAAGGUGCCUUCAAACCAACAAUACGUUUUGAUAGCCAAACGGCGAGAUAAAUUGCUCAUAAUGGCCUCGGAAGAGCUUUAUGAGGUUGAGAAAAUUGUGGACAAACGGAAGAACAAGAAGGGAAAGAUGGAGUACCUGGUCCGCUGGAGGGGGUACGGAUACGAGGGGGACACCUGGGAGCCCGAGUCGCACCUCUCCGCCUGCAUGGAGUUCAUUCACCAUUUUAAUCAGUCACACGGCGAAAGACCGAGAGACGGCAGUUUACUGCGCUCCACUCAAAGCUCUCCCAGCACGGCCCACAGCCACAGUUCGAGCAACAACGCCCGCAAACAGAUCUGCAGGCCUCAGCCACUCUGCGGCAAUAGUGGAGCAGGAGGCCACGCUCUAGUGAAACCCGCCUCUUCGCCCACCACAGCAGCUACGUCCGUCUCCAAACGGCCGCAGCAACCACAGUUGCCACCACUUGACUCUAGCCUGGCAAAUUCCAAAAGGGACACACAGCAGCUUAUUUUGGGCCAAAAGUACAGUGAUUGUACUCCCUGUGCCAUUUCUAGUCCAAGCUUCACAGGUGGACCCGUUGCUUCUCCAGUGGGCACGGCGCGUCGGAGUAUGGACCUGGCCAGGUCCGGGAUCAAAAUCCUGGUUCCCAAAAGCCCCAUGAGCAGCUGGGUGGACUCUGAAGAGUCGCCCAGCGAGGCGGCCCACAGUCUGGAACAGGGGGGUCAGGAACAGGACUCUGUGCCCCCAGAGGUGGCCCUGUUGGAAAAGCCCCUGGGGUUGCUGCUGGGGCCCGGGGAAGAAAGGGCACGCAUGGGGACUCGGCCCAGGACUCAAAGCCAAAUCCCAUUGAUCCCUCAGCCAGUCCCCGUAACACCCACAUCCAUACGCACCCUCAAUGGGAAAGGUACAUCGACACUCAUGGAGGCUCUGGCAACCAACGGGACGGCUAGCCUGCAGAGCGCCGUGGCGCGAGUAACAGCUGUCUCCGGAGUGGCGGGGAAACGGCGCUUCGAAGAGCAGCGCUCGGUCUUCGACAAGCGCCUUCGGUUCAGCGUACGGCAGACGGAGAGUGCCUAUCGCUACAGGGACCUCGUCGUCAAGAAGCAGGACGGCUUCACCCACAUCCUGCUCUCCACCAAGACCUCGGAGAACAACUCGCUCAACCCCAACGUGAUGAAGGAGAUACAGAGUGCCAUGGCCACAGCGGCAUCAGACGACAGUAAGCUGGUCCUACUGAGCGGCGUAGGCAGCUUCUUUUGCUUCGGCCUGGACUUCAUCUACUUCAUCAGGCGGCUCACCGACGACCGUAAGAAAGAGAGCAUCAAGAUGGCCGAGACCAUUAGGACAUUCGUGAACACUUUCAUCCAAUUCAAGAAGCCUAUCAUCGUAGCCGUGAACGGACCGGCGGUGGGCCUCGGAGCCUCCAUCCUCCCGCUGUGUGACGUGGUCUGGGCCAACGAGAGAGCCUGGUUCCAGACGCCUUACACCACCUACGGACAGACACCCGAUGCCUGCGCCUCCGUCACCUUCCCUCGCAUCAUGGGCGUGGCCUCGGCCAAUGAGAUGCUGCUGAGUGGGAGGAAGCUGACGGCCCAGGAGGCCUGUGCUAAAGGGCUUGUCUCCCAGGUGCUGUGGCCCGGGACUUUCACUCAGGAGGUGAUGGUUCGCAUUAGGGAGCUAGUCUCUUGUAAUUCAGUUGUCCUGCGGGAGUCCAAAGCACUGGUCCGAAAUGCAAACCGGGCCGCCCUGGAGCAGGCCAACGAACGCGAGUGUGAGGCGCUGAAGAGAGUUUGGGGUUCCUCGCAGGGGAUGGACUCCAUCCUCCAAUAUCUGCAGAAGAAGAUAGAUGAGUUUUAAGGAAAGCACUUAUCCCCCAUGUUCCCGAGCCCCAUUCAGUGGGGGAACCAGACAAACAGCACUGGGAGUGCAACCGGUUCAAUCUGCAAUCUGUGUGAUUCAUUUUAUGUGUGUGUGUGUGCCCAUUGAGACGUUGAUGCUGGACCUUUAAAUCUUCCUAGCAUCCUGGUGACCAUAUGUUGACCCUUUACCACAGUGUUUCCCAACCCUGGUCCUUCAGUAGCCCCAACAGCCCAACCCUGGUCCUCCAGUAGCCCCAACAGCCCAACCCUGGUCCUGGAGAACCAGGGUUGGGCUGUUGGUGCUACUGGAGGACCAGGGUUGGGCUGUUGGGGCUACUGGAGGACCAGGGUUGGGCUACUGGAGAACCAGGGUUGGGCUGUUGGGGCUACUGGAGGACCAGGGUUGGGCAACAAUGUUGAGGGGUACUGGAGGACCAGGGUUGGGCUGUUGGGGCUACUGGAGGACCAGGGUUGGGCUGUUGGGGCUACUGGAGGACCAGGGUUGGGCUACUGGAGAACCAGGGUUGGGCUGUUGGGGCUACUGGAGGACCAGGGUUGGGCAACAAUGUUGGGGGUACUGGAGGACCAGGGUUGGGCUGUUGGGGCUACUGGAGAACCAGGGUUGGGCUGUUGGGGCUACUGGAGAACCAGGGUUGGGCUUUUGGGGCUACUGGAGAGCCAGGGUUGGGCUUUUGGGGCUACUGGAGAGCCAGGGUUGGGCUGUUGGGGCUACUGGAGAGCCAGGGUUGGGCUGUUGGGGCUACUGGAGGACCAGGGUUGGGCAACAAUGUUGGGGGGUACUGGAGGACCAGGGUUGGGCAACAAUGUUGGGGGGUACUGGAGAACCAGGGUUGGGCAACAAUGUUGGGGGGUACUGGAGGACCAGGGUUGGGCUGUUGGGGCUACUGGAGAACCAGGGUUGGGCUUUUGGGGCUACUGGAGAGCCAGGGUUGGGCUGUUGGGGCUACUGGAGAGCCAGGGUUGGGCUGUUGGGGCUACUGGAGGACCAGGGUUGGGCAACAAUGUUGGGGGGUACUGGAGGACCAGGGUUGGGCAACAAUGUUGGGGGUACUGGAGAACCAGGGUUGGGCUGUUGGGGCUACUGGAGGACCAGGGUUGGGCUGUUGGGGCUACUGGAGAACCAGGGUUGGGCAACAAUGUUGGGGGGGUACUGGAGGACCAGGGUUGGGAAACACUGCUCUACCCUGGCCCGCCCGAAAUACCAUUCCACAUUACAGGUUCAACUAAACGUGGCCUAGAUUGAAAGGGCUGGAGGGAUUGGAGGAGGUGAAGACAUUGAUGAAUACACAAAGUAUCUUGCAUAGUGGGGUGUUUGUCCUACUCACCUCAGGAUUGACUUGGAUGGGAUGUUGUAUCAACAUGGAUCAGAAUUUAUGACACAACAAAAGUUCACAUUGAAAACUUUGACAAAAACCUAGGCGACUUUCCAUUGUGGAGCCUGCAAUAAGAUGCAACUCUGAACUCUUGGGAAAACAGCGCCGCCCAGUGGAUGGGAGGCUUAUUGGAUUCUCCACAUUGACCCCUGUCAAGCUUUCCAUUCAAAACAGGAUUUAUUGCUAUUUGAACUGAAUGGAGGCCGGGAUUAAAUUUAAAAGGUGCGUUGUCGAGAAGUGUAAUACACUUGACUUUUAAAAGGACAUUUUAAGCUUGAGCCGUCAUCUGUAGCGUUCACCAUGAAUGCCAUCUUCGAACGUCAGGGUAACGGCCUAAGACUCAUUGUCAACAGUGCAGUGCCUUAUGAACAGCACACGCCUUUGAUUGAAUCCAGGACAGAGUAUGUCAGAUUAAUUUUUAACACAGCUCCUGACUGUAUUUUUUUACUUUUUGUCUAACUGAUAUCAUCUGUAGAUGAUAUUUCACCCAGGUCAUCUUUUUGUUGUUUUAUUUGGCUUGGGGGACUGGAUUUUCCACCAAAAGGUUUCUAUAGUAAACAGAUUUUUUUGUUGUUUUAAGUUAAGACUUUAUUACAAUUUAAUAUUCUGCAACUCCUGAUUUAUUCCAUCCAUGAAACAUACACGCAAAGGAGAGACAAUUACAAGAUUCUGAUACAAUGUUUAUGAAUGCAGUUGUGACGAGGCUAGGGUACACGGUUCAAGGCUCAGUUGUGACGAGGCUAGGGUACGCGGUUCAAGGCUCAGUUGUGACGAGGCUAGGGUACGCGGUUCAAGGCUCAGUUGCGACGAGGCUAGGGUACGCGGUUCAAGGCUCAGUUGCGACGAGGCUAGGGUACGCGGUUCAAGGCUCAGUUGUGACGAGGCAAGGGUACGCGGUUCAAGGCUCAGUUGCGACGAGGCUAGGGUACGCGGUUCAAGGCUCAGUUGCGACGAGGCUAGGGUACGCGGUUCAAGGCUCAGUUGUGACGAGGCUAGGGUACGUGGUUCAAGGCUCAGUUGUGACGAGGCUAGGGUACGCGGUUCAAGGCUCAGUUGCGACGAGGCUAGGGUACGCGGUUCAAGGCUCAGUUGCGACGAGGCUAGGGUACGCGGUUCAAGGCUCAGUUGUGACGAGGCAAGGGUACGCGGUUCAAGGCUCAGUUGUGACGAGGCUAGGGUACUAGCUAAAAGCAGUGCCUUGUUCUUUACUCCAUUUUCUAAUGUCAAAAUGUGUGUUCUGAUCUGAAGCGAUUAUCAGUGAGAAUACACUCAGUACCAUUGAUAUAGGACUUUUGCAGCUUCAUCAUAUCUCACCUUGUUUUUUUGUUGUUGCUGCAUUGAGCAAAGGAUACUUUUAAAAUGCUGUGGAGGCAUUCUAUUUACAUUAGUCAAAACCCUGGGGGGGAUGUACAGCUUUUUGAGUUUGUAAAACAAAACCGUUAUUCGCCUACAGUUUGUUUUUGUCUUUUUAUAUAUGAAUUCUGGCCUCACCAAUCAUUUGGCCAUAUUCCUUGUUUCACUGGAUUUAUAAAAGUAGCAGAGCUCGGGGUAACAGAUGUCAUCGCAAUAUCCCGAUAUCUGGACAACUGCUGUUACCUUCAACCUAUGUCGAUAAAGAAUUAUGGAAAAUGUCAUUAUUUAUAUUGUCUAUGAAUAUUUAAAUAUUUAAAGUGGAGAUGGUUUGGACAAAAAUAGUGUCUGUUUUUGAGUCAUUGUUCAUGGUUUGCUUCACAGUUGAUUUUAUUGAAAAGUGAAGUAUCUUCUCGGGGCAGUCUACUCGUGGACAUAGUAUGAUUUUUAGUUACCACUUUCAGUUUUGGCCUUCGCGCAUAGAUGUAUAAAAUUGUUAACGCCGCAACUGCACCAGUCGGCUUGUUUUAUUAGCAUAUUUUUUUCUUCUAGAAGGGAUAGAAGUCAGUAUUUCGGUUGAGAUUUUCUGUAAGUAAAGGUGAAGAGGUAUUGCGUAUCAAUAAGGCGAUUCUCUUUGUAAAAACAUGUCCUUUUGCUUAGUUUUCCCAAAUUGUGCCUGAGAAGCAUGUCAUACCUCGAGUGCUCCAGAGUGGCGCAGCGGGUCUAAGGCACUGCAUCUCAGUGCUGGAGGCGUCACUACAGACCCUGGUUUGAUUCCAGGCUGUAUCACAACCGGCCAUGAUUGGGAGUCCCAUAGGGCGGCGCAGAAUUGGCCCAGCAUCGUCCGGGUUUGGCCGGGGUAGGCUGUCAUUGUAAAUAAGAAUUUGUUCUUAACUGACUUGCCUAGUUAAAUAAAGAUGUUUUUUUUACGUACUUCAUGUUUCACUGAAUGCGGAUUUAGAAAUAUUAGCAGGCGCCUUCAACACUUGGACCACAGCUUAGUUAAUGUAAUGUCCUCAACAUGUUUUUCUCAUUGAAGAAAUUUACUGUAUUUAAAAAAUAUAUAAUUUGUAGUGUGUUAACACAGCAUGAUGAUCAGGCUUGUCUAGUGUACACAGAAUUCACUCAUUCUGUUGAAAGAUUCCAAGAAGCGUUGUUGAAAUUGACUGCAUUUUUGUACAUCAACGAAAUCAUUUUUAAGUACGAAAUCCCAUAAUCCUCACUCUUCUGAAGAACUGUGUGAACUGCCUUGACUCAAAUCCUGGUACAGCAUUUUUGCAUACAUGUGACCUAUUUUGUAGUUGAACUUAUAUAAAUAUACAUGCUGUACAAUCUGAACGUGUUUUUUUUUUUAAUAUAGAUUAAUGAAAUCUAUACUCGCUGUGAAAAUAAAUGGUAUGAACCUGUUAAAGUAAUAUUGUGUUGGUUAGGUUAUACAGUGCAUUCAAAAAGUUUUCAGACCCCUUGACUUUUUCCACAUUUUGUUAGGUUACAACCUUAUUCUAAAAUGUAUUAAAUCGUCCCCCCUCAUCAAUUUACACACAAUACCCCAUAAUGAAAAGGUAAAGUUUUAAAUAUAUGUUUGCACAUUUAUAAAAAAUAAACUAUUACAUUUAGAUAAGUAUUCAGACCCUUUAGUCAGUACAUUGUAGAAGCACCUUUAGCAGCGAUUACAGAGUCUUCUCGGCACACCUGUAUUUGGGGAGUUUCUCCCAUUCUUCUCUGCAGAUCCUCUCAAGCUCUGUCAGGUUGGAUGGGCGAGCGUUGCUGCACAGCUAUUUUUAGGUCUCUCCAGAGAUGUUUAUUCGGGUUCAAGUCCGGGCUCUGGCUGGGCGACUCAAGGACAUUCAGAGACUUGUACCGAAGCCAUUCUUUGCAUUGUCUUGGCUGUGUGCUUAGGGUCGUUGUCCUGCCUGAAGGUGAACAUUCGCCCCAGUCUGAGGUCCUGAGUGCUCUGGAGCAGGUUUUCAUUAAGGAUCUCUAUAUUUUUCUCUGUUCAUCUUUCCCUCUAUCCUAUCUAUCUAAGCAGACAAUGAAAGCUCUUACAAUAUUCGAUGAUUACAUUUCUCUUAAACAGGCUAUAGGUGUGCACCACCAAGUCAGAACUGUAGGUGAAAUUAGGAGGGGACACUAUAUAAACGAGUCAUCCCGCAGUGUUUGUGAUUAUACCCUGAUGAAGACAGCUUGGCUGUCCAAACGUUGGUAUUACAUUUUUGCAUCUGAGCUCCUAGAGAGUGUGUGGCUCUCUUUUAUUUUGAAAUUAGGAGGGUCAAACAGGAGCAAAUUAUUAGGGUGAGGCACUAACAGCUUACUACACAACAUACACUUAGUAUUACUUUCGUAGCUACAGUAUACACAUCUCCCUGGGAUAUUACAUCUAUACAGCAGCAUACAAGACAUUGUUGGACUCACCUUGUGCUGUGCCCACUUGAACAGGUGGCGCGGCGGUCCUUCGUGGGUAAAUGUUGUCAUCAAAGUCCGGCAUUUUCUGGAUUUAUGGUGCUUUCAAGACAACUGGGAACUCGGAAAAAACAAGGUAGAAUCAUGACGAUGUCAUUGAUCUUCAGGUCGUAGCUCUAGAGUUCCCGAGUUGGAUGACCGUUCAAAACAUAUUUUCUCAGUCAGAGCUUGUUUUUUUUUCCUCCAGAGUUCCUGGUUGAUAUUACUGAAAUCAGAUAUUCCAGUUUUGAGCGUUGCAGAAGCCAUGCUGGAUUGACACCACGGCCAAUGUUGAAUGUUUAUCCUUUUAAGCUUGGAAAAGAGACCCUUAAACCCAGACUUGGGACCACACAUCCACUCCACUGAAGAGCAGGCUAGUGCAAUGCUUGCAGUUAGCCACUGAUUCCUUCCAAAACCACUCAGUUGAAUUUGUGAUUUCCAACUUGUGUAAUGUUUAUGUCCAAUGGCCGAUGAGCACCAACUACAUUUGAUCUAUUAUUUCUCUUCAUAUGACAAGGACUUGCCAGUAGAUAGUCGACUUGAUUCAUGAUGACUGCUAGCGAAGGUUUUGAAAGUAUGAACAUUCUUUACAUUUUCCUUAUUGACUGACCUUCAUGUCUUUUAAAGUAAUGGACUAUUUUCUCUUUGCUUAUUUGAGCUGUUCUUGACAUUAUUUGGACUUUGUCUUUUACCAAAUAGGGCUAUCUUCUGUAUACCCCCUACCUUGUCACAACUGAUUGGCUUAAACACAUUAAGAAAAAAUACAGAAAUGUACUUUUAACAAGGCACACCUGUUAAUUGAAAUGCAUUCCAGGUGACUACCUCAUGAAUCUGGUUGAGAGAAUGCCAAGAGUGUGCAAAGCUGUCAUCAAGGAAAAGGGUGGCUACUUUGAAGCAUCUCAAAUAGAUUUAGAUUUAACAUUUUUUGGUUACUACAUGAUUCCAUGUGUGUUAUUUCAUUGUCUUCACCAUUAUUCUACAAUGUAGAAAAUAGUACAAAUAAAGAAAAACCCUUGAAUGA